AUGGCGUUUCUUCGCGGAAUUCCCGAGACUAUCUGGAACUAUGUCAGUCCGCGCAAGAUACAACACCGGCGGGAGAAGCCGUUCGCGUUCAAGGCGCCCGCGAUCCCCACCCGAGUCACGACCCUUCCCAAAAAGACCUCACCACUCACACGAGAGAUGAGCCCAGAAGUGCCUGUCAAGACAUGCGAUCCGCCAGCCUCAACUACUCACUUCGACAUCGACGCGACCCUGUUGCCGCCGUCGCCUCCAGCAUCGGCCGUCUCUUCCAAAGACCUAGAGAGCGACAUGCUAGCCAAAAAAUUACCCGCCGCGCGAGACGACCAGACAGAGGGCUCUUCUGCCGACUUGUGGGAUGCGAACGAGGAAACCAUGGUUGUCGAUGACGGAACUUACAUGAUUGCACAGAAGAAAGUGAAUCACGACCAAGAGAGGCAAAGACAGGACCAGCAAGCGCGUGAGCUGCGCGAUGCUGGUUGGUCUGAGGAUGCUGUCUUCCUUUUCCAGAAGCUGGGCAUGCGCGGCUUCGAGCCAUUGAUGCCCAUCAGCUGGAUCGCUGACCUUGAGACCGUUCCCGCUGACCUCUUCACCGAGAACAUCGACAAGGCAUUCAUCAAGCCAGCCUAUGGCACCGAGCACAAUGCACAGUAUGCUCUUGAGAGGCUCUUCGAUCUGGGCAGUGUCUCUCGUGACGCUUGGCACACGCGGACGAAGCGGGCUCCCCAUUUCCAGAUUGGCAAGGCCGUCAAGGCGUACACGAGGUGGGCUAUGAAGGAUGGUGGAGUUGAACAGCUCUGGUCUCACUUCCCGCUAUUCCAGACCGUCACCUUCUCAAAGCAUGUGCACCCGGCGGUCGGAGAGCGCAAGAUGAUCGAAAAGCUCGAUCGUCUGCACGAGUUGUGGUAUGAUGCCCUGCAGAUCGACCAGGCCACAGACCGAGGAGAUUCCAAUGUGCCUGAAGUUCCGACACUGUAUGGCAUUACUGCGACGCACACCGUUAUGGCUUUUGUGAGCUACGCGCCUUCGACUAAGAAGAACAAACAGUCUUCUGUGCGUCUACUCGCCAUGUACGACUUCAUGCAGGAAGGUUGCGAUGUCUGGAAUUCCCUUGCCAUUUCCAUCUUCAUCAUACAUUGCAGGAACAGGAUGAUGCAGCUGAGAGAAUGGCUCCCCGAGCCAGAGAUCUCAAUGGAAGAAGAUCCUGAUCUUUGA